GCCCGCAGGUCGGGAGGGCAGCUCGGGGCUCGGGGGGGCCGGCGGGGAGCUGUCGCUGACCGGGGCCAGCGGGGAAGCCCCAGGGCGGGCGGCCCAACGCCCCUUCCUGGGCGGGAACGGACCGAGGCGUUCAUAGGAGGGCGGCGGCGGCGGCUGGGGUGCAGCGCCAUGAACUGGAUGGGGCUUUUGGGACUGCUCUGCGCGGCGCUCCUGGGCUGGUGGGAGCCUGCUGAUGCCUURACAUGCUCUGAUAAGCAGUAUGUAUACAAGGGCAGGUGCUGCAACCGGUGUCGGCCAGGGGAAAAGCUGGUCUCUGAGUGCAAUAAAACAGAAGACUCUGUCUGUGCCCGCUGUGAGAGUGGGCACUAUCAGCCAAGCUGGACCAAGGAGAAGCACUGUGCUCCUCAUGAUAUCUGUGAACAYAAUGCCGGCCUCAUUGUGAAGAUGCAAGGAAAUGCAACACACAAYACUGUGUGCCAGUGCCAGGACGGCACACACUGCUCUGACACCAGCUGCCAGACCUGUGUGGAGAACCAGCCCUGCCAGCUCGGCUCUGGCUUCGUGGCAGCCAAGGCUGAGAAACGGAUGUCAUCCCCCUGUGAACCCUGUGCAGAAGGCACCUUCUCCAACGUCUCUUCUAAAACUGAGCCAUGUCAUCCCUGGUCAAGUUGUGAGGAAAAGGGGCUGGUGGUGAAGGUGAAAGGAACAAACUCGUCAGAUGUGAUCUGCGAGUCAAGCAGGCGCUCCUCUCUGUCAGUGCUGAUCCCCAUCACGGCUGCAGUUGUCACAUGUCUCGUGGGCGUCUGCAUCUACUGCCUGGUCCACAGAGAUUCCAGGCGGCGGGUGCCAAAGGAGUUCGCAGCGGGGAUGGGACUGACAGCGCCGAUCUGUACUGUGGGAGUGUGAGCACAGGGGGCCUCCACGCUGCCCCAGACCCACCUGAGCCUCCUGCCAUUAGCUGUUGGGGCUGGCAGCAGCGAGUCAGCAAAUCCACUMCAUGCAAAGCCAUGCCACAGGGAUGAGGGGAUGAAGCUGAACYAGGCACCCAGCAAGUGGCUUGACACAGAGGAACACCGUGAUGGGACUGGGACUUUAGGCUCAGAGAGAGGUUUGCCACUUUGCCAGUGCCUCCCCAAGCACAGGCCUGCACCCCCAGGCCUAUGUGCAGCAGCCCCCAGGACAGCAGCUCCAGGCACYGACCACUCUGAGAGCCCCAGGCCUUGCUCUUCUCCUGCAAAGGCCAAAAGUGCUGGAUAUUCCACCAUUCUCUCAGCACCCAAUGUCCCUGCCAGCCCCGCUCUACCUGCUGCUGCCAGCUCCACCAGGCUCGCUCGCUGCUGGAAUUCCUCACAUCCAGCAGCCCAGAGGUCUUUGCACAGCACUUAUCACUGCAGUAUCCAAGAACCGAUCUAAUUGAUGUGACACCAAUUAUUCCUGUAUCGCUAAAUGCAGAAUUAAUGCAUCUGUGUGUACAAACCUCCUAGACCCUGACCAUGAAAUUACGACUUUGACAUGAAAGGAGCCAGAGCUGGGAGCACCAGCUCUCAGCUGAGUCCCCACCAUCUCAGCUCUGGCCAGUCCUGCUGGGAUGCUCCCUUGAUGACCACACGGACCACGCAGGGUCCCUGCRUCAUCCAGCUGGCUGCACGGAGAGCUGGGGUUUGUGGCUCUUUGCAGACUGGGCUGCAGCUGUGGUGGUCCCACACAGCUGUACCAACACAGGCAGCACCAGCCCAGAAGUGAGUGCUGGCAGAGCUGCCGUGGCUAUUGUGACAGCCAGCRCAGGGAGCUGCGUGCUCUGCAGGGCAGUGCAAAGCCAUUUCUGGGCUGCUCUGCACAGCCUAUGCAGGCUGCAAAGCUCUUGGCUUCGACAUGGACUGGUGCUGGGAAAAGCCAUUCAUUGCACUUGAAAUUUUACUGUGAAAUUAGGCUUUGCCUGGACACGCAGGGCUUGGCACAGGCAGAAGUUUGUAUUUUGUAAAUUGCUUUCUACAAUCAAUUAAAGAGAAGAGAUGGCUGUAGGCAGAGGUGGCACACGAGAUGGCUCCAGGUUGGGGCUGAUUYCAGAUCCCUGCCACACAGCCCCCGGAGCAGCCCCAGGCCCAAGGGAGCAGCCUCAGAAUAGAGAGAUAGUGGGGCUGGGCAGAGGCUCAUCUGGCAGAAAGGGGGGUGGGCAGCUGCGAGGGGGAGGACGGUCCCAUCAGCCCCUGUGCCCACACUGACUACUGGGCUGAAGGACUUGCCCUCCCCUGCUGGAAACCUGCUCCCCUUGGCACCCCACUUGUAGCCAUGGUCACUGCCACACACCCCAGCUUGGGAUGCACCAGCCAGCAUCAGAAUUGUGUCCCACCGCCACUCCACAUGCCCUCCUGGUGCCUCUGGCAUGUCCCACAGCAGGAGUUUGUGGUUUGUGGGGCGUGAUGCACAUAGGAGCUACCCCCAGGCCUUUGCACUGCACUGGCCAGUGGCAGCUCAAGCUCCCUCCUGGAGAGGAGCCCCUGUCCCCUGUCAGCCUCACCCCAGCACUGGCUCCCCUGAGACUGGCAGCACACUGUGGUGCCAACACUGCUCCAGGGCAGCAAAGCAGAGAGGUCCUGUGUGAGCUGGGGGAUGCAGCGAGGCACAGCCAAACAGGGUAAAGCCCUGCUACCCUUUCCCAUCGCAUUUGGGCAGAGCAUGGUGAGCAUGGUGCGUGUCGGGCUGCUUGGAUGGUGAAGGGCUUGCCCUGGUUCUGGUUUGCUCAAUGUUUUCAUUAAGGACCUGGAUGAUGGAAUAGAGAAAGUGCUUAUUAAAUUUGCAGAUGACACGAAGCUGGGAGGGACUACAAGUAUCUUGGAGGACAGGAUUAGAAUUCAAAAUGAUCUUGACAAAUUGGAGAAAUGGACUGGAAAAAAUAGGAUGAAAUUCAACAGGGACAAGUGCAAGGCAGUACGCCGAGCUGGGAACAAUCAGCUGUGCAAACACAAGCGGGGCUGGCGGCGCAGAGCCCAGCCGGGCAUGAGGCCACACAGGCACGGGGCAGGCACGGGGCAGGCAGGAGGCACGGGGCAGGCAGGAGGCACGGGGCAGG